CGGGCAACGCGAGCGGGAUCCCGAAUGGCGGCGCUGAGAGGGGAGUUCAAACCCGAAGGAGGCUUCCUCAGCCCGUGAGCCGAAGGCUGGAGACAACUUGGCAGGUUAUACGGUUUCGCACACAUGAAGCGGAUGAGGGUGGUCAAAGGCCUAGCGGGGCCGAUGGUAGAGGAAGAGGAGGAGGUGGCUCAGCAGGAGCUGGAGGAUGUAGAGGAUUCGUCUGCAAAAGCACUUGUCAGUUUAAAAGAGGGAAGUUUGUCAAAUACCUGGAAUGAAAAGUACAGCUCUCCCCAGAAAACACUGGAGUUGACCUUCAGGAAUUCAAAACGAAGCCGCCUCUUCUGUGAUGAAGAGGAACGCCAAUUAAAUACACGAUCGCCCAAAAGAAAUCCUAAAACGACUAUUGCACCCCAGAAAUUUACAGCUACUAUGACUACUCCAGUUAAGAAAUCAGCUCAGAAAAUUGGCUACAGGUUACGGAAUUUAUUGAAACUUCCCAAAGCACAUAAAUGGUGUAUAUAUGAGUGGUUUUAUUCAAAUAUAGACAAACCUCUAUUUGAAGGGGAUAAUGAUUUCUGUGUUUGCUUGAGAGAAUCUUUUCCAAAUCUUAAAACAAGAAAGCUGACCAGAGUUGAGUGGGGGAAAAUCAGACGGCUUAUGGGAAAGCCACGUAGGUGUUCUGCAUCAUUUUUUGAAGAAGAGAGAACUGCUUUGGAUAACAAGAGGAAAAAAAUUAGGCUUCUACAGCAGAGGAAAGUAGCUGAUGUUUCCCAGUUCAAGGAACUUCCAGAGGAAAUCCCACUGUCCUUGGUUAUAGGAACAAAAGUUACAGCUCGGUUGCGUGGCAUUCACGAUGGCUUAUUCACUGGCCAAAUAGAUGCUGUGGAUACAAAGAAUUCCACCUAUAGAGUCUCCUUUGAUCGCAAUGGUCUCGGAACACAUACCAUCCCAGACUAUGAAGUUCUUGGUGAUGAAGAGUCUUUUAACCAAUGGGUUCAUACACUCAAUACACUUGAGAGUACCAUCAGGUUCCAGUAUGUGGUCAGUACUAAAUCAGUGGAUUACUUGGAUGUGAGAGUGUUCAAACACUCAGGGAUACUUGGCACCACAUUGUAUAGAAAAAGCACCGACCAAAAUACGGUUCUACACGCCAGGAGUUGCCAUCAACCAUCCCUCAUUAGAAAUAUACCCAAAGCACAAUUUCAGCGAGUCAGGCGCAAUAACACUGACUCUGAAUUAUGCAAUACUCAACUAACAGAGAUGAUGGAGAGAUUUGUACAGCGAGGGUAUAAGAAGAAACAUUUGCAGGCUAUGCGUAACCAGGUGACUUUGGGAGGAGGAGAAGACAUCAAACAAGAUGCCACAGAACGUUUAACUUUUGUUACGACCUACUCCCCUGACCAAUACCGAAUCAUGAGAGCGAUUAAAGAGGAGUGGAAAUUGAUUGAAGCCGAUGGUACCUUACCAUUCAAACGAUGGGAAGUUCCACGCCUAGCCUAUCGGAGGGGUAGAAGUCUAAGGGACUCCCUCAUGAAGACCGAUGUGUCACCAUUGACCGAUAAACAGCUAUGGUUAAAGAAAAAGAAUGGCUGUUAUAAGUGUCUCAGUUGCGUUACUUGCAACAGUAUGCAGACAGGGAAUUCUUAUCAGCACCCUGAGAGGAAGAAAAAAUAUAAGAUCCAUUGGUUCCUAACCUGUACAACCACACAUAUUAUAUAUCUACUCAAUUGCCCUUGUGGGAAGUUUUAUAUUGGAAAGUCAACAGAUGAUGCCAGAACCAGGAUGGAUAAUCACCGGUCUGGAAUAAGAACUGCAUUAAAGAGUGGAAAAUCUGAACAACCGGUGGCCCAGCACUUUCUUGAAAAUGGACAUUCAAUAACCGAUCUCAGGUUUCGCCUAAUAGAUCACAUGCCAAAUCUCAGACGUGGUGGAAAUAGAGCUAAAAUCUUACUCCAGAAAGAGGCCCGCUGGAUCCAUGAGCUGGGGACAUUGGCACCCAAGAGCCCUGAAUAUACAAUCUGGAUGGCAAGCCUUCCUGUGAUAAUAGUUGGCCCUGUUCUAGAAAAUGAUCCUUUAUUGGGACAAUCUCCUUGGAAAAAUAAAAUUUCAAGUACAGAUGGUGAAACAAUUGGUGGUUUUCCUGUUGAAUUUCUUGUUCAGGUGACUAGGUUAUCAAAGAUCCUUAUGAUCAAGAAGGAACACAUCAAGCAGUUAAGAGACAUGAAUACUGAAGCAGAAAAACUGAAAUCUUACUCUGCUCCUAUUGGCAUUGAAUUUCAAAAACGAUACGCAACUAUAGUUCUAGAUCUUGAGCAAUUAAAUAAGGACCUUAACAAAGUUCUCCAUAAGGUCCAGCAGUACUGUUAUGAGCUUGCUCCAGACCAGGGACUACAGCCUGCAAACCAGCCAACUGAUAUGAGACGUCGGUGUGAGGAAGAAGCUCAGGAGAUGGUCCGUCAUGCGAACAUAGCCCCUACUGGACAGCCAUGUGUACAGGAUGAAAGUCUGACAGAUUUAAUUUCAAAGCUAACUGCUAUCCUGUUACAGAUUAAAUGCCUUGCAGAGGUGGGCGAUCUGAAUUCUUUUGAGUUCAAAUCUUUAACAGACUCAAUUAAUGAUAUUAAAAGUUCAAUAAACCCUACAAACAUCAGCUGUUUUCAGAAUAAUGUUGAGAUCCACGUAGCACAUAUUCAGAGUGGCCUAAGUCAGAUGGGAAACCUUCACGCAUUUGCUGCCAAUAAUACUAACAGAGACUGAAAUUAGAGGAAAUGCAGCAGAUUUAAAUGUCAGUUAAACAUUACUGGGGAGGAGCAGUGAGACAAGCAGCGAGACAAUCGCAUUAUGGAAUAGGAGGGCACGACUAUAGUGACUGAAACUGCUUCUUUGAAAUAACCGAACUCCUUGUAUUAUGGAAAGAUAUUUUUAAGCAAUCCUAAAUCCAGGCUAUGUCAUAUGUGUUUCUUCUAGAAAUGCGCACGUCUUCUAGAAUGAAGAUACAUGGACUUGAAUAAAAUAGCUUCAAUUUCUGCAUCUGCCAUGCCAAUUUCUAAAACAUACAUCAUCUGGCUUUUUAUGCCUGUUACCGGAAUGUGAUCAGAAACGUUUUCUCACAACCAACCAUCCUUUCUAGAGCAAACUAAUUCUGUUUUUACACCCGUCUUAUUCCUUGGCAGCAUGAAUGCCAACUUUGUUUCUUUGUGACUUGAAUAAGUUCAACAGUGACUUGCCACUUAACAAAUCAAUAACUUUUAUCUACUAAUGCUUUAUGAGUGGUGUUUGGCCUUUGUUUGGGUCAACUCCUAAUACCCUGUGGAUAUAUAUAUAUAUUUUCUUUUUAAAACAAAACUUUUCGGACUUGGGUACUGCUCAGGUAUAAAUAAAUUGGUGCGUUAUCUCCAAACACUUUCUUAUGAAGAAAGUUCUACAAAAAGUUUUGGCCUAUAAAUGAAACAAUUUAAGUAAAUUUACUGAACAACAUCUUUAUUGAUAUUGUCACCUUUUUCUUGCUUUUCACCUCAAAGAAAUAGACUAAUCCAUUACAUCUAUUCUUUAUGAGAUUUAUACAAGACUGGGAUUUUUUUUUUUAAUAAUUUGUUUAGUGGACAAGAAAAUGUAUUAAAAGUGUAGGUAUCCUUACCUUACAGCUAAUUGCACAAACAGCG